CCCAGCCGUGGCGACGAGGCAUUGCGAGCCCCGUGCCGCGCAGAAAUGGCUCACCUCCCGAAGGGGCCCACGGCAGUCUCUGCGGGGGACCUCGGGGCCCUCACGUUUUGACGAAGACCCUUCCCUCCUUUUCCCCCCCUUCCUCCUUCUCCUCGUCCUCGUCCUCGUCCUUUCCCCCCUUCCUCCUUCUCAUCCCCCCUUCCUCCUUCUCGGGACCCUCUCUCCUCGUCCUCGUCCUUCUCCCCUUCCUCCCUGAGUGUGGUGGCGUUUACCCGGCCGGCCAAUUCACAGCCCUGCGGCCAUCGAGUCAUAUACGUGAGCGCGGUGAUAGCCCCCUUGAGGGGAAGCGGAUGUGGCGCUCCGUCGAACUGGUCUUGCCCAUGGACGGGCAUCGUGUGCUUGUGUUCGCUGGGGGAGAACAAAAAUUGACGAAGACUGCCCCCCAAGAUUCCAUACAGCAAGAUGUCUUAUCGCAUCAAGACCCCUGGGUGUUUUCUCGUGCCGUGGACCCCCCCUUGGAGACCUUGGCCCCUUCCCAGGGGCAGUUCUUCCUUCCUGAGGUAUUUUCUGCCGGCUUGGAGGGCGAACACUGCACUCGAAUGAGUGUAUGUUUUUUUUUCUCUCGACGCGAGGGGGUCUGGGCAUGCGUCCACUGCAUAUAGCGACGCAAGAUAGUCCUACCCGCUCGCGGACACCAGCGGCGGCGGCAAGGAGCUCGCGGUGGCGGACUACCCCCUGCCCGGCCCCGACGAGGCCAGCGCCCUGGUCGACCUGGCGCGCGGCCGCCGGCGCAGGUGCCACGUUGCGCUCGGCGUCUGCGGCACCGCAGCGGCCCUGGCCGCCGUGCUGCACGCCGGCGGCGCCGGCCCGCGCGGCGUGCACUCGAUCGGCGAGGAGAAGGGCGUCACCGCGCUGGCUGCGGUGCCGUCCGCGGAGGAGGAGAGCCCUGCCUCUGCGCCUUCGACAUCGACCGCACGCUGACCUGCAAGCAGGGCUGGGCCGACCAGUGCGAGGGCACCGUGGAGCAGCCCGGCACGGAGGACUCCGCGUUCUCGGGGGGCGGGAUGAUCUUCUCGCAGGCCGCUGCGAACAUUCAAGACACCUUCUGCGGCAAGUGCCUCCGCGCCAUCGUCUCAGCGGGCGACGCUGGCGGCGAGGGCUCGGGCGAGCGCGGCAAGCUCCUGGAGGUGGUCGGCGGCACCGAGAGCUCCUGGACAUCAACUACGAUCAGAACGCAGAGGUGUCGACCCCACUCGUUGUUCACGCCGUGGACGGAAACAAGCAGGAUUCCGUCAGGUCAAUCCUCGAGUGGGCGCGGAACCAUCAGGGCAUGGACAUCAAGGAUGCUCGUGUAUGGUUUUUCGACGACCUGCUCAAGAACGUGGAGGGCUUCCGCGGCUCCGGGUUCAACGCCCGGCAGGUCUCGUGCAAGUCAAGGGGGCCGGUGGAGCAGUGGGUGUCCUGGGACGGCAAAAUCGGUGGCUGUGGGGCGGUCGUGGACGAGAUCGUCCCCGAGGAGGGCGUGCACAUCUGCGAGGGGGUCCCCCUCAAGCCCGAAGGUCUGGAUGAGGACUGAGCCGUGGCCCCCCCGCCCUCAACCCCUGCAGAGGCCCUGCGGGACGGAAGACGGGGGCUCUCCUCCCCCCCAGCGCCCGCUCGGAAUCCCAGCGGCAGCCCUAGGGAGGCCCGAGGGGCUUGCGCAGCUCGCGGGGGCCAACGCAGCCGCCGCGCUUCUCGGCGACCCGAGGGAAUUCAGACGGUCUCAGCACGUCUGCAACGCAGGAGGGACCCAGAUCUCCGACGCGCUGCCCUGGGCUCGCGCGUCCCCGAAGUGAUUCAUUCCUGCAUUUAAUGACUUGGGAUGUUGCUUCUGUCUUGGGAGUUCGCACGCCUCUUGCCUCAAUUGGUGGCCGCUUGUGCCGCUUGCAGCUUGCGCGGGUUGCGCGGGUCUGUAGCCUGGACAGCCUAGGACGGGCUGCCGUGUUCACCCGCAGGGAGCUCGAAGCAGUAGCACACCGCGAUGGCGCUGCGACCGUGCACACGCCGAUGGCACGAGGGAUGAUGCGACAACUGCCCGCCGAAGCGUCAUUACACCAUA